AUGUUCAACUUAUUUCACGCUAGGCGUAAAUACAGUUUAGGUCACAAAGAGGCAUACUUAAACCAUCGGAAGUCGCCAUACGCCAACAAGGUAUACGAUAGCAUUUUGGACUUUGUUGGAAACACGCCGCUUAUAAAACUGAACAGAAUACCAAAGGAUUAUGGUAUUAAUUGUGAUAUUUACGCAAAAUGUGAGUUCAUGAACCCUAGUGGCUCGGCGAAAGACAGAAUAGCGUUGGCGAUGCUUCAAGAUGCUGAAAAAGGUGGCUUUAUUAAGGACGAUACAAAAUUUAUUGAGCCAACUUCUGGUAAUACGGGCAUUGCGAUUGCCUUCAACAGUACUCUACUGGAUAAGAAAUGCUACAUCGUCAUGGGUGAAAAGAAUUCAAGGGAAAAAGUAACUACCAUGCAGGUCCUCGGAGCUGAAACAAUUACAACUAAUGGAACAUCAAUACAAGUUGCUCGAGAUAUUAAAGAUUCUGAUCCUGAUAAAUUUGUUAUGUUAGAUCAAUUCGAAAACAAUGUUAAUCCUAAAGUACAUUACGAGAGCACAGGAGUUGAAAUUUUGGAGGCGUUGGGUGAUGUAGACAUGUUUGUUGUCGGUUGUGGCACCGGUGGAACUUUAUCAGGUGCUGGUCAAAGGAUCAAAGAGAAGUGUCCCAAGUGCACUAUAAUUGCCGCGGAACCAGAUGGAUCAACUAUGUUCAAUGUAUCCGGAAUACCACAUCCGUAUUUGGUAGAAGGAAUAGGAGGAGAGGAAGUCCCUAUUGUUCUGGAUAAAUCUUUAGUAGACGAUUUCGAAAUUGUGACGGAUAAGGACGCGUUUCUCAUGUCACGGGAAAUAAUAAGAAAGGAAGGAUUACUUGUUGGAGGUAGCAGCGGUGCAGCAAUGGUGGCGGCAAUAAAAGCAAUUCAGAAGCGUAAAUUCACUGCCGGUCAGCACGUGGUAGUGGUGCUGCCAGACAGCAUUCGUAACUACAUGACCAAGUUCGUCACUGAUCAAUGGAUGGAAGCUCACCUUUUCAUUGAUCCACCACAACACGCUUUACCAUGGUGGAAUGAUCCUGUCACUCACUUAACCCUGGGACACACUUAUCCUAUUCUAAGUAGUGACCAAACAUGCUCUGAAGCCAUACUUGAAAUGAUGAAAGAAAACAUUGCUAUCGUGGUAGAGACGAACGGAAAUUUCUUAGGCGCGGUAACAAAAAAUAGCUUGCGUUCAGAAGCAACAAACCCAAUGAGACUUCCACACAAAAAUAUUGAAGAGCUAGACUUCCAAGACUUUGUAUCUGAUCAUUUGGUCAAAGAUUGUUUCACUCUGGCCAAAAACAGCGAAAAUGGAAUGCCAACUAUUGGCUUAUUAUCCCGCAUGUUGGAUGUGGCACAAUUUGUUGUCAUCGGAAGAAAUGUACAUGAACUUGGCCAAGGUAAAUCCAAUAUUAGGGACAAAAAUUCAAAAACCUAUGAGCACAUAUUAGAUGCUAUUGGAAAAACACCAAUGGUGAAGCUAUCCAAAAUACCAAAGGAAGAAGGCUUGAAGUGUGACAUGUAUGCAAAAUGUGAAUUCGUGAAUCCCGGAGGUUCAGUGAAAGACCGCAUAGCUUAUAGAAUGGUUUUGGACGCCGAGCAGAAGGGUAUAUUGAAACCUGGAAAAUCUGUGAUUGUUGAACCAACUUCUGGAAACACUGGAAUUGGAUUAGCUUUAGCAGCAGCUGUUAGAGGCUACAGAUGUAUAAUAGUUCUACCGGAAAAGAUGUCCAAUGAGAAGGUACUCACCUUACAUGCUUUGGGAGCUGAGAUUAUCAGAACUCCGACUGAAGUAGCUUGGGACUCCCCUGAAAGUAACAUCAUGGUAGCUAAACGCUUGUCCACAGAAAUACCUAACGCUGUAUUAUUGGAUCAGAAAGAAAUAACGUUUCUGACACAGUACAACAACGCUAGCAAUCCGUUAGCCCAUUAUGACGGUACCGCUGAAGAGAUUCUCUGGUCUCUGGAUAAUGAUGUGGACAUGGUGGUGUUGGGAGCUGGUACUUGUGGGACCAUAUCUGGUAUUGCUCAUAAGAUUAAAGAAAAAUGCCCGAAAUGCGUCGUAGUCGGUGUAGACCCACACGGCUCUGUACUGGCGCCACCGGAUCAGCUUCAUGAACAUGACAUAGAAAUAUAUGAGGUAGAAGGUAUCGGCUACGACUUCAUACCACAAGCGUUAGAUUUUAAAAUAAUAGACAAAUGGAUAAAAACAGAAGACAAGCUAUCCUUCCAGAUGGCUAGAAGACUUAUCAAAGAAGAAGGAUUGCUUUGCGGAGGUAGCAGUGGCGCUGCUAUGUGGGGAGCCAUACAAGCAGCGAAAUCUUUACACGCGGGUCAGAAAUGCGUGGUUCUAUUACCGGAUAACAUACGCAACUAUAUGACAAAAUUCCUCACAGACCAAUGGAUGGAGGUCCGCGGAUAUAAAUCCAUCGAAAGUAAUGAGAAUUUAUGGUGGUGGAAUAAACCUUUGACGGAAGGCUUAGUGCGGAUCACAAAGAAUAUAAGUCAGAACAACACAACCUCGGAGGCGAUAAAAGCUUUGAGAGAAAGUGACUCGUUGAUCGUCACUAUCGUUAAUGAGAACGGUUCAAUCAGUGGUAUAUUCAGUGGAGACAACGCUAGACGGAGGCUGGCUCAUCUGUCAGGAUCCACCGAAGAGUCUCUUGAUAAAUUCACAGUGAAGAAGUUCUAUAAAGUAGACCUCUCUGACAAUCCGACGCUGGGCAGUGUGUCUAGAAUACUAGAUAUAGCACCUUAUGUUGUGGUUGUUAAAACAGAUGAGCAUCACGUCCAAAAACCACUGGGCUACUUGACGUCUGAAGACCUACUAGCAUACAUCACGAAUAAGAAUGUCCAGAUGAAUGGAAAAUGA